CUGCUAUGUAACAGGUUCUUCUGUCCUUGGAAAUGCUUAUAUAUGUUUAGUUUAUUUGGGAAAAAUCAGCACCGUUGGAUAAAAGAUAACUUUAGUUUUUAGUUUCUCCUGUCACACAACAUUAUACUUAAAAUAUUUUUGUAUAUUUUCUCCAAAGUAGUGAUGGGAACUCCAACUCAUUUCCGCGAAUCGGUUCUUUUGAACAGCCAAUUCAAGAUUCGGCGCUACCGUGCGUCAUUACGUCCUCAACGUUCUGAUAAAAUCAUAAUCAUAUGUAGCAGGCCUAUGUUACGAAUUUUCGAUGAUUUUUCAUUAAUUUUAUUUACACAGUAAGCAAUAAUUAUGACAUAAAAAGUUAAAAUUAUGACAAUAAAGCAAUUAUUGCAUAAGUCAAAAUUAUGACAAAAAGCAUCAUGACGUUCUCAUUUCAUAAUUUCUACUUUUAUCUUAUAAUUAUCACUUAAUAGUAUCUAAUAUCUAAUCUAAUGUCAUAAUGAUGCGUUUUAUGUCAUAGCCUCGACUUUUUAAUCCCAAAAAAUAUGAUGUAACAUCUCAAAAUUUAGACGGUUAUGUCAUGACUUUUGUGUCAUAAUUGAUUUACCCAAGAUUUUUAUUUAUGUGGCGGAAAUGGGCUUCCAUUAAUUUUUUAUUAGAUAGCAUUUCUGCGACUGAAAUUAAUUUUCGCUUUGUCACGAGCAGCAAAAAGACUGCGCGAGGUGGGCGCGCACCGGCUCAGUUAAGAUUAAGAAUGAAUAUAAAUAGAAUGGACUUUGUCCUUUCCUUGAAAAUAACCAUAUAACAACGUGUAAAGAUGAGGAAGUAGCUCUGGGAAAUGUAAAGUCUGAAAAAACGCGAUUAGAAUAUUCAGAUCGGUUCUAAAAGAAAGGUUCAGAAUUCAUCCACAUCUCUUGGCACAGAUGUCUUCAACUUCACUGCAUCACCUCAGACAUCAGUGGUCAUUACCUAGAUGGACAGCAGCAAUGCAGGGAUAUGUGACUGUAAAUAGAACCACUUUAUUGCACACAAGGCAUUUCCAUUCCUCAAAAUCUACAGUCUGCACACCAGCCUGCACACGUCCACCAACGAUUCUAAACCCCAGAAGAAAAUACAAUGGCCAGGCAAAACAGAUGUCACUCCCACAGAUAAACCAUGUUUUAAAGGCUAAUGAGUAUAGUUUAAAAGCAAAUGGUUAUGAUGGACGGUAUAAUGGGUCAAUAAAAGGGUUUGAUAGUAAUAUCUUACCAUCAAACUCCCCAAGCGAAGACCGUCGGAGUGCUGCAACAUGUCUACAGAACCAUGGCAUGCUGUUCGGAGUGUUUGAUGGUCAUGCAGGGUCUGCUUGUGCACAAGCAGUUAGUGAACGUCUCUUCUACUACAUAGCCGUGUCUCUACUUCCACUGAAGACUUUAAAUGAUAUAGAGGAGGCUGUGGAGAGUGAACGGCCUGUGCUUCCGGUGCUGCAAUGGCACAAGCAUCCCAAUGACUAUGUUAGCACAGAUUCUGGCAAACUAUACUUCAAUAGUCUGAGGACAUACUGGCAGGAGAGGAUCGACCUUCACGAGGAUGAUGACAAUGACAUACGAACAGCUUUGAGAAAUGCUUUCAAGAGAUUGGACAACGAUAUAUCCUUGGAGGCCCAGGUGGACUUUGGGGUUCCCUUUGCUCAUUUCACACCUCUCAGAGUGGCUCUGUCUGGAUGCACAGCUUGUGUGGCUCACGUGGACCGAGAAGAUCUUCAUGUAGCCAAUCUGGGUGACAGCAGAGCAGUUCUUGGGGUCCAAGGGGAUGAUGGGAGGUGGUCGGCUCUCACUAUUACCAAUGACCAUAACGCCCACAACUCAGACGAGAUGCAUCGAGUUCUCUCUGAGCAUCCUGCUUCAGAGCACAAGACAGUGGUGAAACAUGACAGGUUAUUGGGCUUGUUAAUACCUUUCAGGGCUUUCGGAGACAUGAAGUUCAAGUGGAGCAGUGAGCUCUUGAAUCGCAUCUACGAGGCACGUCCAGAACUGAUGGUCGGGAACGAAAAUGCGAAAAUGCUGCCUCCGAACUACCACACACCACCUUACCUCACAGCAGAGCCAGAAAUAACAUAUCAUAAAUUGCGACCCCAGGACAAAUUCUUGAUUCUAGCUACUGAUGGUCUCUGGGAAUUGAUGCAUAGGCAGACUGUUGUGCAAGUCUUAGGGGAACACCUGUCUGACAUCCAGUGGAAGAAGCCAGUUUCUGGACUAUGUUUUACAGUGGGACAGAUGUAUAGACUGCUGCAGGAGAGGAAGAAUAGAGCUCUCUCUGCUCUGGAGGAUGAGAACAGUGCAACUCAUCUGAUUCGUCACGCUCUGGGCAGCGAUGGCUGUGGCUUCAUUGAACCUAAGCGUAUAGCCAAAAUGCUUAGUCUGCCCCAGGAUUUGGCAAGAAUGUACAGAGAUGAUAUAACAAUUAUAGUCAUCCACUUUAAUAGUUAACCUACUUGAAGCUAAUAUGAAAUCUUUUGUAUUUUGAAAAUAAUUUUUGUACAUAUUACAGAUUAUUUGAAUGACACUUUUGCAGUUUAAUCCAAUUUCUACUCAAGUAGUUGGCUUGAAGAUAUUUUGAAGAAUGUUUGUAACCAAGCAGUUGUGAGGCAACAUUGGUUUGAAUAGUAUGAAAAAAAUAAAUACUAUGGAAGUUAGUA